ACAGGCCAGAAAUUAACUUUAAACAGCAGUGUCUGAGAGCAAGAUUUGCUAUAUAAACAGCAGCCAUUUGUAAAACAGAGUGGCUUCCCCCUGAAUCUGGCGCUAAAAGCUUAUAAAUAUAAAACUUAGACAAGAUGGCUGCUAUAGUAAAUGAGCAUGGUUGCAUCUGUUGGAAACAUCGCUAGUCUUCAUUUAUUACGGAAAAGUUUUAAUUCAAUUGUUUAAAAACAGAAAUAGGUUUACCUUAUAAGGUUGUCCUGGCUGUUGACAUCAACACUACAGCUAACAGCAUUUACAAGCACAACUUCCCUGAUGUUAAUUUGCAAAGUCUUGGAAUAGAGAAAAUAUCCUUGAAAAUGAUUGAAUCUCUCUCAAUCAAUACUAUCCUGAUGAGCCCACCAUGUCAGCCGUUCACAAGGGUUGGCAAGAAAGGAGAUUGCAAUGAUGUACGCACAAAAUCUUUUCUUCAUUUAUUGCAAAUUCUUAUACAGUUGAAAGAGAAACCCUUGUAUAUUCUUGUAGAAAAUGUCAAGGGUUUUGAGGUCUCACAAACACGCCAGAAGCUGGUUGAAUUUUUGGUCGCAGGAGGCUACACAUUUCAAGAGUUUUUGCUGACUCCGUUACAGUUUGGGAUCCCCAAUUGUAGAUUACGUUAUUAUAUGAUAGCAAAAUUUAAAAAACCAUUCUGCUUUGUCUGUCAAUCUCAAAUUUUAACAGAUAUCCCUGCAAGUUCAACCCCUGAGCAUACAGCAUGUUCAAACAGAAUCAGGAACCUAGACAAUACAUCCUAUGAUGCCAUGAACACAAUCUCUGAUAGUCAGAUAACAGUGCAAGGUUUACCUCCAAAAACCUCCAAAAGAACAGAGGAAGAUGACAUUCUCCAACCAAUAGAGGAGAGUGCUGUACAUGAUGUGGAACUACCAAAGUUUAUCUCACCAAAUCUUCUUAAAGAAGCUGGCCGCAAUAUGAGAUAUUGUGAAGAGGAAGACAAUUUUAUAACUGAUACAAGUCAUUCAUUAUCAGAUUAUACUGAAGAAGGCAGCUCAGAUUAUUUUGAAGAAUACCUUCUGUCAGAUAAAGACCUGAAAUUGUUUGUGAUAAUGGACAUUGUGUAUCCAGCAUUAAAAAAAUCUAUUUGCUUUACUAAAAGAUAUGGUCAUUAUAUUGAAGGGGCUGGUUCUGUUUUACAGAUGACUUCUGAUGUUGAGUGUGUAAGAGCUGCCAGCAGAUUAAAAAGUCAAGUUGUACAUAACAAGACUAAAGACCAGAUGGGGGAGGCUGAGCUAGAGAUACUGAGGAGGCUUCAGCUGCGCUACUUUACCCCCAGAGAAGUUGCCAACCUUUUGUGCUUCCCUCCCACAUUUGACUUUCCCCCAGGCCUGACUCGCAUACAGAAGUACAGAGUCCUGGGAAACAGCUUAAAUGUUCACGUUGUGGCCAAACUGGUUCAACUCAUGACACGAGAGGCAUAACCUGACAGGGAACUGAUGUUCAACUCAUGACACGAGAGGCAUAACCUGACAGGGAACUGAUGUUCAACUCAUGACACGAGAGGCAUAACCUGACAGGGAACUGAUGUUCAACUCAUGACACGAGAGGCAUAGCCUGACAGGGAACUGAUGUUCAACUCAUGACACGAGAGGCAUAACCUGACAGGGAACUGAUGUUCAACUCAUGACACGAGAGGCAUAACCUGACAGGGAACUGAUGUUCAACUCAUGACACGAGAGGCAUAGCCUGACAGGGAACUGAUGUUCAACUCAUGACACGAGAGGCAUAGCCUGACAGGGAACUGAUGUUCAACUCAUGACACGAGAGGCAUAACCUGACAGGGAACUGAUGUUCCAGUCAUGAGUCAUAACCUGACAGGGAACAGAUGUUCCAGUCAUGAGAGACAUAACCUGACAGGGAACAUAUGUUCCAGUCAUGAGAGACAUAACCUGACAGGGAACAGAUGUUCCAGUCAUGAGAGACAUAACCUGACAGGGAACAGAUGUUCCAGUCAUGAGAGACAUAACCUGACAGGGAACAUGUUCCAGUCAUGAGAGACAUAACCUGACAGGGAACAUGUUCCAGUCAUGAGAGACAUAACCUGACAGGGAACAGAUGUUCCAGUCAUGAGAGACAUAACCUGACAGGGAACAGAUGUUCCAGUCAUGAGAGACAUAACCUGACAGGGAACAUAUGUUCCAGUCAUGAGAGACAUAACCUGACAGGGAACAGAUGUUCCAGUCAUGAGAGACAUAACCUGACAGGGAACAGAUGUUCCAGUCAUGACACGAGAGACAUAACCUGACAGGGAACAGAUGUUCCAGUCAUGAGAGACAUAACCUGACAGGGAACUGAUGUUCCAGUCAUGACACGAGAGACAUAACUUGACAGGGAACUGAUGUUCCAGUCAUGAGAGACAUAACCUGACAGGUAACAGAAGUUCCAGAACAUUGUUGGGACAAGUCAAUACAUUAUAACUUCAGUGAAGUUCAGUGUAAUUUUUGUUUAAGUUUAAUAUUGAAAAAUGUUGAAACAGAUGUUUAAAAGGAGUUUUAGUUUUGUGUUUACAUGUUUUCUGUCUGUACAAACCAAUGUUAUAAGAUAGGCCAACAUGUAAUUUUUUAAAAAUUCAAACCAAAAGCAAUAUAGGUCUAUUCUAUUUUCAUAUUUAUUAUCAUAGAUAUACAUUAAGUUUCAUAAUAAAUCAUAAUCAAAUGUGUGUUAUAAGUCUACACAAAUAUUUCCCAUAUGUAAUCCAAAAAGACAAUAGUGUUAGGAUUGUUACAUAUAAGUAUUUACGUAGAUUUAGAGUAGCGUCCCUUUUGUUUACGUGUUUCCAUUAACCUUCAAUCUAUAGUCUAUUUUAGUAUAUUGAGAUCAAAGAAUGUAAAUAAAUAGUACACACACAUUUUGUAGCAUAGGAACGAUUGGGAGGGAAGUGACAUAGAGCGCAGAAAACUUAGAUGUUAGGCGGGGUAUAAAAGGUGGGGUUAGGAUUAUUAGGGGGUCCAUUCUCUUAUAGGCAUCCUAGGUUGUGUGAUCUUACAAGCAAUAAAAGUAACGGAUUGUGAA